GAAUGGUUUAGGACAAUUCAAAGGGGAAACAAGACAAUACCAAAACCAGUAUUGUCAAUAUGUGGAUUGACGGUUGACCCACCAAAACCACCAUAAGCCGAUUCCAUUCCAACCCUUUUCUAUUUAUACGCGCUGGUUUUUCCGCUUCAAUUUGGGCAAUUCGCCUUCUAACGCCGUAUUCUUCUCUGUCUGAAUUCAUUGUUCUCUUUCUCUCUUUUCUGUUUCUCCCAAGUUGUGCCUGGACUCUGGUAUUCUUCAGUUUGCCCCGCACUCUCUCUCUAUAGCGUCACUGUUCCACUGGUCUGGUUUUGAGAGAGAGAGAAAUCAUGGGUUGCUUCAUUUGCUCCGGCAAAUCAAAGAAAAAUGCGAAGAAGAAGCAGAUUAAAAAGUCUGAUGAUCAGAUCCCAUCAACUUCAGAAAAUGUGAAGGUGAAUCCAUUGGUGGAUGUAAAGAAGGAAGCUGCAAGGGAUGGAGGAUCUGGUCAAAUAGCAGCACACAUUUUUACAUUUCAUGAAUUAGCAGCUGCAACCAAGAAUUUCAGGGCCGAUUAUCUUUUGGGUGAAGGAGGCUUUGGUAGAGUAUAUAAAGGGCGAUUGGAGAGUACCAACCAGAUUGUGGCAAUCAAGCAACUUGAUCGCAACGGUUUGCAGGGAAACAGAGAAUUCCUUGUUGAAGUGUUAAUGUUGAGCUUACUUCAUCACCCAAACUUGGUUAACUUGAUUGGAUAUUGUGCUGAUGGAGAUCAGAGACUUUUGGUUUAUGAAUACAUGCCAUUAGGAUCAUUGGAAGACCAUCUACAUGGUAGAUACAUUAACAUACUCAAUAAUUUAAUGUCCGAAACCUCUUUACUUGAUGCCUCAAAAGACCUUCCACCUGAUAAAAAACGACUCGACUGGAACACAAGAAUGAAAGUAGCUGCAGGUGCUGCAAAGGGCUUGGAGUAUUUGCACGACAAAGCGAACCCUCCUGUCAUAUACCGUGAUUUAAAAUGUUCAAAUAUCUUACUCGACAAAGGGUUUUUUCCCAAACUGUCUGAUUUUGGCUUGGCCAAGUUGGGUCCUGUUGGGGAUAAUACCCAUGUAUCCACUAGAGUGAUGGGAACCUAUGGAUAUUGUGCUCCAGAAUAUGCGAUGACAGGCCAGCUUACAUUAAAAUCAGAUGUUUAUAGCUUUGGGGUUGUUCUUCUUGAAAUCAUCACUGGAAGAAAGGCAAUUGACAAUUCAAGGGUUGGGAAUGAGCAGAAUCUGGUUGCAUGGGCUCGGCCCUUGUUCAAGGACAGAAGGAAAUUCGUAGAGAUGGUUGACCCCGUGCUCCAAGGGCAAUACCCACUGAGGGGAUUGUAUCAAGCUCUUGCUGUUGCUGCAAUGUGUGUUCAGGAGGAGCCAAACAUGCGACCCCUUAUAGCAGACGUCGUUACAGCUCUAACCUAUCUUUCUUCCCAAAAAUACAACCCUGAAACCAAGCAAGUCCAAACCACUCGCUUAGGCUCAGGUUCAGGUUCAGGCUCAGGCUCCGGCUCAGGCUCUUCCACUCCUAGAAUUAGAAGAUAGCAGUAAUGGUGGCUGUGGAUCAGAGAGAGAGAGAGAGAGAUUAAACCAGAAGACUAAUUUGAGACCGUUAAAAUUUAGAAGCCCAUGGUUAUGUUACUGUGACUUGUUAGCUGUGGCGUUUAGGUAUAAAUCUUAUCAAGAUGGAUAGAUUUUUGUGGUAUAGUGUACAGGAGGAUUGGGAAUUAGUUCAUUAGGAGUUUGACAGACUGCACACAUCAAUUGUUGCUGCUGAUCAAAUUUUGCGGGUCUCUAGCUAGCCGGCUCCCAGUCCACCCAGUGUUCGCUGUAACUCAACAAAAUUUCUUUCUUUUAUAAAUUUUUGUCACUCUUUUUUAUAUGUUAAUUGGGGUUUCUUGUAUUUAAAUGCCAUUUAUACAGAAACAACAGCUAUAUUUGCCAAGAGUGAUCACAAUUUUGGGUGGUAUUGUGUUGGCCUUCCUUAUGGUUAAA